CUCGCCCGAUUGCAUUAGUACAAUUUAAAUCGUGAGUGUCGAACGUGUUUUCCGGACGAAAUUACCAAAAUGAAUAAGCUGCUGAUUCUGGCCCUUUGCCUGGGCGUGGUCUGCGGAGAUUUCCAGGCAAGACCCAAACGCGACAAUUUCCACUCUCGCCACUACAGUGCCCACCAGCAGGCGAUUGAGCAGGCUCGCAAGAACGCCGGCUACGGAGGCAGCGUGGGAGGAAGCUUCAGUGGUGGCUACGGAGCAGGUGGAGCUGCCGGAUCUUCCGAUCUCUCCGGCAACUUGGAGAGUGCCUACGAGUCUGUGGGUGCAACCGAGUCCGCCGAAGGUGCCAGCGCUGGCGGAGCAGGUGGUCAGACCGUUGAGACCUUGGGUGGUGCCGCCGGAACCCUUGGCGGUGGCUCUUCCUUCGGCAGCAACUUUGGCUCCGGUUUCGGUAGCCAGAGUGCCGGCUCUUUCGGUGCCCAGAACGGAGCCGCCUUUGGCGCCCAAAAUGCCGCCUCUUUCGGCGCCCAGAACGCCGCCUCUUUCGGCGCCCAAAACUCCGCCUCCUUCGGCAGCACCUUCUCCAGCAACGCCGCCUUCGAGUCCAAAACCGCCGCCAACUUCGGCAGCACCGCCGCCCACCAAGUGGGCAGCAAUGUGGAGUUCGCCGAGAACGCCAACGCCGGCAACAAGGUCGACUUCGGAGGCCUCAACACCGUCCAGAGUGCCACCCCCUCCGCCGAGUAUUACAGCCACGAGAAGAUUGUGACCACUCCCCAGCAGGUGACCUACACGAUUCCCGGUGGCUCCCAGCGCUACGUUCACCACGAGGAGCGCAUUGUCGAGCAGCCCACCCAGACGCAUGUGGUGCAGACUCCCGUGCAGACCGCCCAGUACUACCGCCGCAAGGUGACCACCGCCACCGUCCCCCAGGUGCUGGUGCAGCCAGCCACCAACGCCCGUUUGGCCUAUGGAUCGAAUGUGGGAUCCUCCUUUGGAACCAAUUCCGCGUCCACUUUUGGCACCAAUGCCGCCUCCAGCUUUGGCACCCAGUUCGGCAGCUCUUUCGGCCAGAACUCGGCCCUCAACUCCGGCCUCUCCUCGGGAUUCGGUUUCCAGACGAACAGCGGACUGGGUCAGCUGCUCAGCCAGACCCAUGAGACUGCCCGCAAGCAGGCGGCUUCCCAAGUGGCCUCUGGCAACUUAGUUCAGUCCGGAAGUGGCUACAAUGCCGGAUCUCGUUACAAUGCCGCCCAAACUGCCUUCAAUGGAGGAUCUCAGGCCGGCCUCAACUCCGGCUUCAACAGCGGCUUCACCUCCGGCUCCCAGUUUGGCUUCAACUCCGCCAGCUCCUUGAACUCUGCCAGCACCCUGAACUCCGCCAGUUCCCUGAACAGUGGUUCCUUGUUGGCUGGCAGCCAGGGAUCCCUGCUGAACGGACAGCUCAGCGGCUCCCUGUUGGGCGGCCAGCAGACCCUUGACCUUGGACUGGGAUUAGGUCAGAGCAGUGCACAGCAGCUGGCCGGAGCGGGCAACUUCGGAGCCGGAUUCGGAGCCGAGGCCGGCAACGCUGGCAGUUCCUUCCAGACCAAGGAGUGGGAGAAGCAGUCCAAGUGGUCUUCUCAGGACUCGUUCGACUCCAAUGGCCAUGUGAACAGCUACAAGGAUCUGGCCACCGGCGAGCGGGAGAACGUGAACAUCAACGGAAAGCAGUACGGCUACCAUGCCGCCACGGCCUCCGUCGACGACAACGGCAAAUUCGGUACUCACAGUGUUCACUCGUAGGCGGCGACCCCGAGCUCCAUCCAAAACUAGAAACCUUUCGUGUUCUUGGGCAGUUGGCUACCCAACUCCAGAAGUUUUUUGUAAAAUAACGUGAAUGUAAAAUGACUUGUUUGUGUGUCACUCGCUGUGAUUGAAACAAUGACGUCAAAUUUAAAAACUACAA